AGUGAGACAUCUCAUUAUCGCCAGCUUCCAAUUCGAAUCCUGCAUCGCCGGGAGCCACUCAAUCCGUGGGCUUUGAUGCAAUUUGGCUUCUGUGCAGGCCACUCUGCCACUUGGUGUAGCCCGUUUCUGCCCCGUUCUGUUCUGAGAGUUGCGAGCUGCGAGCUGUGAUCUGUGUGGCUCCCCGAUCACGCCAUGUGUAGUUUAGUUGCAGUUUCGAUUCACAUCGGAUUGCCUUGCCCAGGCAGCACAUCAAUCAUCCAUCACGCACCAAAGGCCGGGAGACAACGACCCAAAACGGGCAGUGCAAACCUGAAUGGCAAACGGCCCAUGCCACGCAUGCGAUUUAUACGUGUCCAAGGUUCACUCUGGAUCGCAAUGGAUGCAAUUUGGCCACUUCACUGCACAUUUGACCGGAUUAAAAUUCCUUUCAAAUGGCUAUAUGCUACUAAGCUCUUUUAAAUUGCAGGCAUUUUAGUUAUUGUUAUUUAGCGAUCAUUUUAUGUUAUCUUUCAAUGCAAUAAACGAUUUAGUUUGUUUAAAAAGG